AAUGAUUCAGGGCUUUGUAGACAGCGUUUUUAGACUACUUGUCUGCAAAAAGUAUUCAGCUUUCAACUACAAAACAGGACUCAAGAAGGCUGGGAAAUAACUGUUAUCCUGCUCACAACUGAAGGGAAAUCAUGAGGAUCCUACUUUCCGGGUCACUGCUGCUUUCUGCCACUCUUCUGUGCAUCAAUGCGAAUGUGAAUGAACGUUACCAGAAGUUUAGAAAUCAGCACAUCAUAGGGGAAAUGAGCGCGAACAGAUGUGACGCCGUAAUAGGAAGCAGACGCAUCUCUGAAACCGACAGCAAUGAGUGCAAAGAGACCAACACCUUCAUCCUAGCUAAUGCCAAUACCAUCAGAAACAUCUGUGGGCAGGCAGGAGAGCCCUAUGAUCAGCUGACCAAAAGUCUGCAACCCUUCUCGAUUGUUGUCUGUACGCUUCGAAACGCAGGAGCCAGGCAUCCACGGUGUGAGUAUCGGGGUCGAGCUCGCACCAGAAGAAUUGCUAUCAGAUGUGAAGGAGGCUUUCCAGUGCACUUUGGAAGGGACAUCGUACAUUUUGAAAACUGAUAAAUUGAUAGCUCUGUAUAUUCGCUAUCUUGAUAAUAAAAGUCAUUUGAUAGCUAA